UAGGGAGCAGCAGAGGACAAUCGCGCGACCCUACCUGUGAGCAAUCUCCCAACUCAUCUGAACUCAUCUCUGGUGAGAAGUGCUUUCUCGCGUUUUCUCCGUUUUCCUCGCGAGCAGAGAGUAUUCUUUGCUCGCGAGUUUCGCGGGUUUUCCGGGCUGACAUGGACGAGGAGGCUCCCCGAGGCCGCUGAAUCGACGUUUCGCCGAGAAAUUCGCUGAGAAACGAGGAGUCGAGUUGUGGGGAGACGUGAGUUUGUAUCGUUUAGUUUAUAAACUCGCCAGUGUAAUUUAUUGGAUAAAUGGGUACACGAAGUGGCGACUGCGAUUAACAGGCUGUAUGCGAAGCGAUGCGUCAUUAGGAUCUCUGUCCUGUCUGUGAAUGCGGCACCAGAGGCGGAUCGUUAGAAAAUAUGCAGCUUCGAUGAGCGAUAAUAUGCUGAAACCCAUGAACAGUCCCAAGAGGCCUCCGGUACUUGCUGGAGAAAUAGACAAGAUGUCGAAAAAAGGCAGGAAACGGAAAUUCGAGGGCGAGGAGCAGGUUAUGGUCGACUGGGAGAAGGAAAACAUCCUUCCUGAUGAUGUCAAGGACGAGAUGGAGUCCAUGUGGGAGAUCCCUCAGAUAUUCCACUUUCUUUAUCUCACCAAGGAUGUGUUGAACAUCCCACACUUGUCGAUGUACGAGAUGGAGAGGAUGUUGCUAAUGCCCAGGGCUUCGAAACAACUUGGAAGUGUGAUGACUUGCUUGCUGAGUUCUCCUGUAAUUCGCACUAAAGUUCGACGGAUACCGCCGAUGCCCUACGAGUUCUGGACGAACAUUUUAGCGCAUAAAGCCAAAAGUUGGUUUAAGAUCUACCUGGGAAAGCACCAAGACUCCAUCAAGGUUUUAGAGACAACGGGCAUCGAGCCGGAAUUUUGGAAAGUCUUUCCUGAUCCUUCUUCGAUCGAAGACAAAGACUUCGAGAUGCUGAGUUUCAAGCAGAGGGUCUGGCUGCUGAAAACAGUCUGCGAUACCAUCAUGCACUCGAGGAAGACCGUACAAGAGGAGGUGGCGAAACAACGAUGGGAGGACCAAGCUGAAACGGUUUUGGGAACGGACAGACACGGGGCGAGAUACAUAUAUUUUCCGCAGUUUAUCGACACGGAUUUGAGAGUUUACAGGCAUUGUCUGGAUAACAAAGUCCUGUCGACUGUGAAGCCGGUCCAGUGCCUCCUGACACCAAAGCCGCAGACCAAGAAAGAGGAGUCGAAGAACUCGAAGCCUGAGAGAAGCAGAAGGAGGAAGUUUCGAUGGAAGAGAGGGAGUCUACCAUCUAGAACGAAAGCCCGAGGGAAGAAAAAGCAAGAAGAGGAGGGCACAGCCAGCGACUGCAAGUGCAGCGCAGACAGUGCCAUCGGUUGCUUAGCCAGCGAAGACACAAGUUUCAGCAGUGUGAGUGCCUGCAGCCACAACACCAAUAAUAACCACAUAGACAUGGAGGGGAUCUCAUCGAAGAGAUCCAGGAGCUCUUCGAAGACCUCCGAAGAGAGCACCACCUCUGCGCUGUCGAAGCUGAGCAAUGCGAAGUCAAGUGGCUACGAUACUAAUGGGUCCAUCGAUGCAAAGUCUGCGGAUGAGGCCAGAUCGAAGCAGGGAUUCAAAGGCUUCGAAGAGGAUGCUGAGAAUCCUGACAUAGCCAUGAUCUCUGGGAUCCUUACUGGUUUGACAUCGAAGGUAGAUUCCAUGGAGAGAGGUGCUUCGAUCAAUCCUGAUGAGUCAGGUAGGUCCAGGGUAUCUCCAGACAGGGCUGGGUCUAAAAGUCAAUCUGUUGAUCCUGAGAUCCCAACUGCGAGCGUCUCGAAGACAGACGACGAGAAACUAAACGAGAUCAUUUGUAACGAUUCAAGUAUAGAUACGAAGGAGAUUCCUGACACCAGGCAGCUCUUCACCUCCAAGUCGGACGACGAGAAGCUGAUCGAGACGAAAGGCAGCAGGUCAAGUUUAGACCUUGAAACCCCUCCGGAAGAGGAGACGAGUUCUCAAAGCAAGAGGAGAAAAAUCCGGAACGGGGAGAAUGUGAAGGAGGAACAUGGUGAGUCCUCUUCUUCGGUCUUAGAUGGAUGGUCCGAGAGGCUGAGGGAGUCUGCGACCAUCGAGUCCAUCGAGAAGAUCAACAAACAGGUCCAGGAGAAGUCCAGCGAGGACACGCAGGACUCCGCGCCCAGGAAGGUCAGCAGGGCCAGGAAGAACUACCGGAAUAGACCCAGGAAGAGGCUGAAGAGCGAGUCCAGGAGGUCCCCCAGGCAACACAGAGGUCUUCAUUCCGAUGAAAGACACCUGUCCGAAAGCUCGGAUAGACCCGAAGAGGACUCGGACUCCUUUGGCAAAGCUGAAGAGCCGAACCAGGAGGACAUCUUCAGGAAAACCGAUGGAAGAUUGGAGUCUGGCUUGGUCAGGGAAGACUCGGAUUCCGAGGUCGAGCACAAAUCUUAUCUGAAGGCCCAGGGAAGGCUGCAGGGGGAUAACGACGAUGUUCAGGACUCCGGGUUCAGCGAGGUCCCUGUCUGGAACAGGUUCAGCUUGAGGUCCUCGAAGAAAGUCAAGCCGGAGGUCUUGAAGAACGAGGUCGAGGACUUUCAAGAGAUGCUGGCCGAUCUUGCGGUUUCUACGUUCGAGUUAGUUGCCGAUAGCGUGGAGGCUCUUAGGGAACUGGCUGCCUCGUUUUCUGAUGAGGACCCUGACCAGAAAGCCACGGAUCGAGCGAGGCCGCCUUGCGAGGUGAAACUCGCCCAGAAGAUGGUGGAAAUGAUCGAGUCCCUGGAAAAGACCGAGGCAGCCUUGAAGGAGUCCACGAGGAAGGCCAGGGCGAAGCUCCAGAAGGAGUGGAACAACUUCAAGAACGGCAUCGUGGAGGAUCAGGAUCGGGACUGGUCCGGUGUGGGUGGUCUCAGCUCUAAUUGGUGGGUUAUUGGAUCGCAGGGCUGUCCACUGCCAUCCACCAGCGACCCAGCGUUACAGGCGAUAUCGCAGCUUGCCUUACCCCCACCUGGCGCCCAAGCCCACGACCAAUCAGCGACAGGUGACCAAAGGCGUCGCGACGGCGAAUCCCACCGGGACGAGGCGCAGCGCCCGACCGAGAGUCAAACCUCUCCGGUUGAGGACGUGCUACGUAGAGCCGACGACGAGAACCAGGAGGAGAAAGACCUCGACGAACGCGAGAGAGACGAGUCGAGCUCGAAAGAGCCGGAAGAGCCGCAAACCCGAAGAGUCCUGCGCGCGAGGGGCGUCUCUUCCUAUACGGAACAGCUGUACUCAGAGGAGACCGACGAGGAUGAGCUGGAAGGGUGGUCCAACCCUUCGGCAGUCCACAAAACUUCCUGCCCACAGGACGGUGCACCCCCUGCAGACGCUCCUUCACAGGCAGGAACGAACGACGACUGGUCGGAGGACUCAGACCAGGAUUGGAUUCUACCGGGCUCUCGCAAGAGGAAAAAUAAACGUUCGGCGUCCCAUCGACGGCUGAGGGCGUCUCAGGGUAAACCUCAGAGCGGCAGGGCCGACUCUUCGCGGGAGAGUUCCUCGAGCCGCGCCACUCCAGCGGACGAGGCCCUCGACAGCAGUCGCGGUCGCGUCGAAACCAAAGAGUCCACAUCGAGGACCCCCGAAGUUCCUAGGACCCCAGGUGAACCGAGCAGUUCGAGGUCUCCGAGAUCAGCAGUGCCUUCCACGCCCGGGGAGUUGCCCAGCGAGAUGGAGAACGCGUCGAGCGUCCACUCCGAGUUGGACAUUAAAGAAGAGAACCCAGGAGUAGACCAAUACCCAUACCACCAGGAAGGAGGUCCACUGACCGGGUACCCAGGUGCAGGUCCACCAGGUGAAGCUGGUGUCCAGCAACAAGGCUACCUAGUGGUCAAGUCCGAGGGCCCCACGAUGUCAGGCUACCUCCUGAUGCAACCCGGUGUCGGGAUCCCCGGUAUCGUCCAGCCGAGCCCUAUGGUCGUGCACCAGAUGCAGCAGAUGCAAAACUGCUACCUGCCAGGUAGUGCACCAGGGUACGGGGUUCCAGGCCCCCAGGGGUACCAGAUGGACGUGCAGAGGCACCAGCAGAUGCAGCGGAUGCAGCUACAACAGCAUAAUAUGCAGCAGCAACCGCAUAAUAUGCAGCAGCAACCGCAGAGUAUGCAGCAACAACCGCAGAGUAUGCAGCAGCAACCGCAUAAUCUUAACCUGCAGCACCAGAGUCUGCAACAGCAGCAGGCCCAGAGCCUUCAGCGUCACCAUCAGCAGCAGAUGCAGCUUCAGCAUCAACCUCCGCAUCAGCUGCACCUCCCCCAGCGCAUAGGGCCUCCACCUGCCCAGCAGAUGCUGUACCAGCCCCAGAAGAUCAGGCACCAGAGUCCCCAAGGCCCUCAGGGCGCCACGGCGACGAGGCCUCUGCACCCUGACAACCCCAGCUACUUGCAGUACGCACUCAACACCCCUCCUCUACACCCAGGGUACAUGAACGCCCCUAGGCAUCCUGGCUCUACUCGUGGAGGGGCUCAUCAGUUCCCGACUAGGGGUGCUUCUGUUCCUUCUCCUAGGGGAGGCAACAAGCAACAGAUAAAUCGGUUGGCGUCGCCUAGGGGAGGCUUCUCCCAUCCUAAUGGCGCCGUUAUCAGGAGCCAGAUGCCCGUCAGAGGAUCCUUCCAGAGGAUGGGCUCUAGGAGGCUCAGAGGCCCUGGGUCUCAGCAGAACUUGCAACGACCUACUCCUAGGAGGGAGGCUGGACAGAAGACCACUUCCUUGAUCGUCCUUAGCGACAGUGACGACGAGAUCGAGAUGAUCAUCACCGAGAAGGACCCCGGUCGGCCUCAGAGGUCCAAGGAGGAGGCCAGGAAAAAACCUGUUAUCACUUCGGAGAUCACUGUCGCCUCCCCGAAGAAUGUCCUCCCGCCGCAAAUCAUGCAACGCAUGAACCAGGGUGGGAUCUCUAUCACUCCUGUUAAACCGCCGUCCCUGGCUAAUCAGAACUCUGGCACGAAACUUGUUGUUGUUGUUAAUGAGACUGGUAGUCAUUAUGCUCUGGCUUUGCCUAAUGGGAGUAAACUUAUUCUUACACCCGAACAAGUCGCGCAGAUUAGGGCCUCUAAUGGCGGCAAGCUUGUAUUGUAAUCCUGAAGAUGAUCUUUAUGAGACACGGUGGUUUGAUAAGAGGGACCUGGCAAUUUCUUGAAUACCUCGGUUUUCAAUUAGCUUAUGGGGAUGUGAAUGUAUCAUCCAGUUUGGAGAAAUGUUUCGGGGAGACGAUUACUCGAAGGAGUAGAAACUCCCCUUUCGCAUCCCCUUAAAUAUAUAUUAUUGUAUAGGCAGCUGCGCGGGCGUGACGUGGAUAGAGAUGUUCUUUAUAUCUAGAUAAUUAGAAUGUAAAUUAUUCAAUUUUAUAUGAUUGUUAAGUCCGUCAGGUAGUGGCUACGCUUCGAUAUUCAGCCCGUGUUGAUUUAAGGUGGUAUGAAAGUCUCAUAUAUGCAGAAUGACUCUUCCAUGUCGCCUUAAUGUUCCUAGUUGUAUCAUACUUUUUUGAAGCCGACUAUUGGGCUAUUUUGAUACAUUUUAUUUGUCAAAAUUCGGUUUCGUGUAUGAUACAAGAGUGGCAUGGACUCGAGGGAAGACACGCCGUGGUUCUUAAUUAAUUAUUAAUAAUUCAUUAAGUAUAAUCCUUUGGGUUAUAUGAUUAUUAAUAAUUAUAGUCCCUUGAUUGGGGGGGCGUUUCGAAUUUGGCGCGCGGUUGUCGAUUUUCUCGAUCUUAUUUCGAGAAUUUAGCCGAUGUGAUUUCCGGUCGAACUUGAUCCUUGUUUUGAAGUGUUGGAAAAUCGAGAGAGAGGUUAUGUUAAACCGAAGAUUCACUAAUAAUCUGUAGAAUAUGGUGAAUAUUCAGAAUUAUCGUUUGUUUUGACGUCACGUUCGUCGGAAUUACCUUUUUUUUUUCUUUCCUUUUCUUUGGUUUUUGAAAAACUUGCGGAGGUGAGUUUGUAAGGUCCUGCGGAUGAGGCUGGAUAGGAUUCGAUUAAUUGUAAUACGAUCCUAUUAAUUGCAAUACGUUUUAUUUCAUUGUAAUUCCAUUCAAUUGUAAGAAUUGUUUCGAAUGGACUUGGAAUUUCGUUUGUAUUUAGGUUAGGAGCACGCACGAGAGCGGUACUAGGGAAAAUUCGCAUUGUCUCGACGAUUAACGGGAAAUGAAUAGUAUGAAAGAGAUGUAUGGGCUUCUUGGCAAUGGAGAAUGUACUAUUCUUGUCAACUGCGUCUUUAUAGUGUCCUCGGAGAUUACACGAGGAUAUUCAUAUAUUUUGACGGGGAUGAAGAGUAGCUCUAGGCUAUCGAUUGUCGUAAUCGUCAACAGAGAUCGAUUGAUUUAAUAUAUUGUACAAAUGAAAUAUACUCUUUGUACUUUAA